AUGGGCGGCGGACCCUGCGCAGGCUACCGCACGGUAGCCUAUUUUGUCAACUGGGCCAUCUAUGCCCGCAAGCACCGCCCUCAAGACCUGCCGGUUGAGAAGCUGACACAUGUGCUGUAUGCCUUCGCCAACGUGCGCCCAGACUCCGGCGAGGUAUUCAUGACGGAUCCAUGGGCCGACGUGGAUAUCCACUGGGAGGGCGACAGCUGGAACGACACGGGCACCAAUUUAUACGGCUGUCUCAAGCAGCUGAACCUUCUUAAGCGGCGCAACCGCAAUUUGAAGGUCCUACUGUCCAUUGGUGGUUGGACGUACAGUCCUAACUUCAAGCAACCGGCGUCAACGCCGGCGGGUAGGGCCAGGUUUGCUGAGUCCUCCGUGGAAUUGCUCAAAAACCUCGGCUUCGACGGCCUCGACAUCGACUGGGAGUACCCACAAAACGAGACCGAAGCCAAUGACUUUGUCCUCCUCCUGGCCGAAGUCCGCGCAGCCCUCGACCGUUAUGCCGCCACCGUCAACCCUUCCAACCCCCCACACUUCCUCCUGACCGUGGCAUCCCCGGCCGGCCCACACAACUUCACCAAGCUCAAUCUUGCCGCCAUGGACCGGUACCUCGACUUCUGGAACAUGAUGGCGUAUGACUACGCCGGGUCCUGGGACCGCAUCGCUGGGCACCAGGCAAAUCUGUACCACUGCCGCCAGCAUGACUCGUGCACGCCCUUCAACACGGAGCAGGCUGUGGGAUACUACAUCUCACGGGGUGUGCCCCCUAGUAAGAUCGUGCUGGGCAUGCCGCUGUAUGGGCGGGCGUUCGAGAAUACCGAUGGUCCCGGUACGCCGUACAGCGGUAUUGGUGAAGGCACGUGGGAGAAUGGUGUGUAUGACUACAAGAAGCUGCCAUUGGAGGGUUCGGAGGUGAGAUAUGAUGAGAGCGCGGGCGCCACGUACUGUUACGAUCCGGUGAGGAGGAAGAUGGUGACAUAUGAUACGGUUGAUAUGGCCAGACGUAAGGCUGAGUACAUCAUCAACCGUGGUUUGGGAGGAGCUAUGUGGUGGGAGUCGAGUGCGGAUAAGCCUGGGUGUGAAAGUAUCAUUGGUAAUGUGGUUGAGGUUCUGGGCGGGCCAACUCGGCUUGAAUGGAGGGAGAACUGCAUCACAUACCCUCACACCAAGUACGACAACUUGAGGAACGGGUUCCCCAACCAGUAA